GCUGCCCGCACUGCCCCGGCCCAGCCCCGGGGAUGCGCAGGACACGCGGGGACCUGCCUGGUGCGGGCAGCGCAGCUCCGCCACGGCCGCCUGCCCGCGCCCACCUCGUCCUGCCCGGUCCGGCCCGGGGGCACUCGGACUGGGACCCGGAUGGGACAUGGGUGGAGGGGGAGAGAUAUAGAUACAGAUCUCGGUACCUUGUAUACAGAGGCACCUAUGUCUACUCCACUAUAACAACACGGGGUCUGUGCCUGUCUGUCCCCACGUCCCGGAGCUGCAGGACAGGGCAAGGAGGCGUUUGCAGCAAGCGGGGAGCUGGGGGUGCAGCCAGGGGCGGGGGGAAGUUUGCAACGCCCCCCGGCUCCCACCGGCGUGCCCGGUCCGGGGGCUGCAACCUCGCACCUGCUCCCGCAGCCAGCACUCCCCACCCCACUCGCUUUGAACAUAAAACCCUUCUUUAAAUUGCAUGCACUGCCCAUGAGACAAAGCUGAAGGAGCCUUAACUAAAGCGGUGGAGCAUUUACACUGCCUUCUCUCUCAUCAGCAUCAAACAGCCCUGGACAAACCGAACAAGGGGCCUGGGAGCGGCGUAGGGGAGCCCCUCCCCCCGCAAAGUCUGUGGCAGGACACCCCGCACGCGCAGAUGCCCUGCACUACUAAUGUGCAGCGUUGGGGGCUGGGAUCCCCACCCCAAGAAGAGUUGGGGUGCACACGGGGCAGCGCGCGCCCACACCCGGAGCCCGGCCCGAGCCCGCACCCCCCACCCCCGGCACUGCGGGGAAGGGCGUUUGCAGCCGGCCGGGCCGGGCCGGGCCGGGCCGGGCCGGGCACUGCGGGAGGCGGCGGUCGCAGCCCCGCUUGGCCCGGCCCGGCCCGGCCCGUGCGCUCCCCCCGCGGGGCCGGGCUCCCUCCCCUCUGCUGCCCGCCGGCUGCGGGGCUCGGAGCGGGGCAGCGCCGGGGCCGGGGCCGGGGCCGGGGCCGGGCAGGAGGCGGCCGGAGCAGAGGGGGAGCCCGGCCGCAGCCGCCCCGCCGCCCCCGGCCCUGCGCCGCCCGCGACCUGCCGGGCUCUUCCCGGCACCCCGGGGGCUCCGGGCCUCCGCCGGCCGCGCUGCCCAGGCUGCCCCGGGGGGUGGCGGGGGCCGCCCGCGCCGGACAAGGACCCCGGCCUGCGUGUGUGCGCGUGUGUGCAUGCAUAUUCCCGCACGCGGGCACGAGGGUGUGCGUCUCUCCAUUCUGUAUGUGCAUGUCAGUGUACAUGUGUCUGUGCGUGCAUGCAUGUGCGUGUGUCUGCGUGCAUGUGCGUGCAUGUCUGUGCAUAUGUGCAUGUGUGUUGAUGUGUGUGCGUGUGCAUGCAUGUGCAUUUGUGUGUGCAUGUCUGUGUGCAUUCAUACAUGCAUGUGCCUGUGUGCAUGUGCAUGUCUGCAUGUGCCUGCCUGCAUGUGCAUGUAUGCUGUGUGUGCAUGCGUGCAUGUCCAUGCAUACAUGCAUGUGUGUGUGCAUGCGCUCCUCUGCAUGUGCGUGUGCCUGUCUGCACGUGUGUCUGUGUUCAUGGCAGAAGAGUAUAUUUGUGUCUGUGUCCAUGUGCAGAGAGUGAGUGCCUACAGUGCGCUCCUGUCUGCAUGUGUGUAUGAGUGCAUGCAUCUGUGUUCAUGGCAUGGAGAGCGUGUUAAUGUGUCCUCAUGCAGAGUGAGUAGAGAGCACACCUGUCUCUGCGUGCGUGCGUGCAUGUGUAUGCGUCUGUGUUCAUGGCAGGGAGAAUAUGUGUGUGUCUGCGUGCCCAUGUGCAGAGAGAUGGUGUGUCAUGAAGGACACGUGCCCACGGCGCUGACGGGAGCACGACGGUGGCAGCGGGAGAGUGGCGGUGCGAAGCGGGAGCUCCCGCAGGCGGCACUGGUGUUGUCAGCGGUCGGAGGGUAGGGGGUGGUGGCGAGCACUGACCAGGGGGCAGCAAGCACCCAGAGACCUUGCCAGCAAUGUCGGCGGUGCGUUUUUGUAGGGAGUGCAGUGCCACGCUCAGGGGGGGCAUGUGUACAUGCGUGCAUCCCUACACAUUGCCCCUGUGGUAAGUAGAGUCACACAAGGAACAAUGGUCACAAACUGACAGAGAGCAGAUUUAGGCUAGGUAUCAGGGAAAACUCCUUCAGAGUAAGGGUGGCCAAAAUUUGGAGUGGGCUCCCAAGGGAGGCGGUGCUCUCUCCCACCUCGGGGGUCUUUAAGAGAGGGCUGGAUAGGCACCUGGCUGGGGGCAUCUGGCCCAGCGCUCCUUCCUGCCCGAGCAGGGGGUCGGACUCGAUGAUCUGUUGAGGUCCCUUCCCACCCUAGCAUCUGUGAAUCUGUGAAUCCGUGCUUAAAGUAUACCAUUUUGUCAGCCUUCAGACCUAGGAGACUUCACAUUUUGUCAUGAGAGCACGCUACCAACAUCCAAGGUGGUUAGCACGUGGGCACUGCUUUAUAGUUAUUUUUUUUAAUGUUUGCAUGAACUGAUCUCCCCAAGCUCACAAAAUGACUUUUUAGUCUUCUACUUCACCUCCCUUUCCCAAAGAAGGCCACGGAGCCACUAUAACAAAUGUAUCUUGUAUUUCACUCUUAGUGACAAAAGGGAUUUAUCUAAUCUUCUUAUGCCGCUGCUUCUGUCCCUGGAGUAGCACACCAAGAGAGCAUCGAAUCACCAACUAUGGGACUGGAAGAGAUGUCGGGGCCGUCUAGUCACCCCCUGCUCAAGGCAGGAGCACGCCCUACAAACCCGUCCAGCCAAGAAUCAACCCUGCUCGUACGCAUUGGCAAGCAUGGAGAUUGCACAACUCUCCUGGUAGCCCAUUUCCGUGUUCCAAAAAACCUAAAAAAAAUCACCCUCAUAUAGAGUGAAAGGUCUUAUAUCGAACCAAAAUAUCCCCUGCUGCAAUUCUUGAUUUACUCUGCGUCUGUUGCUGUGGCUGAAGAAAACAGGACACGUCUCCAUCCUCUCCAUGGCCACCUCUCAUGGAUUUGAAGACAUCGAGCUCUCGAGGACUAAUCUCACAACACAGUCGCACAACACUUGGCUCUGGGCGGUUUCCCUACCUUCCCUCGUCACCUUCUUGCUCUGCCAGCGAGUCACUACAUCAAUGCGGAUGGGAUCUAGGAUGUUUCCCCACGCUGCUCGCUUAUGCUCCAGCUCUGUAAUAUCCCUCCCCACCAGCAUGGGGGCAGGAGCAUUUUCCAUUGCUUCUAUCUCCACUUCCAGUCCCUCCACCAGAUGGGGAGACGUGCUACCUGUACUUUGGAUGGCAUGACAUUAAAAAAAACAGUCAACCAAGAUACGUCCAUCUUCCAGUCCGUUCAUCCCAAACGAAAGAGAUAGCGCCAUUAUCGUUAAGGAAGCAGGCAGGAAAGGUAAAAUGAGGAUGGCAGAGAAGGAGCAUUACCUCAAGGCGCAGUAAGCACAUGAUAUCCAUGAAAGAGCCUCUUCAGACACAGCUCUGGUGAAAGGGCUGUUUGUCCAAAGGCAGAAGAGGGAGAUCCAAGGGCACGGAUCUGGUUAAACAUUUCGCCCUCCAGAGGGGGAAAGGGCUUGAAGGGAAACUGAGGGAAGUUGCCCAUGAAAGCGGUGCAAUGCUGAGAGACUGGGAGGAUCCACACCGUCAAAGGGCCGACAGUAGGCAGCAAGUAAUACAGUGUAUUUCAUCCCAGCUCAGAGCUGGGAGCCAGCGGGAGCCCCCCGGCCUACAGAAAUAGAGGUUACGUCACCGCGGGGAACACGUGUGAGAUAGACCUGGGCCGUAUGUUCUUGUGCACACACAAUAAAUGGUGUUCGUUAGGAGCUGUUGUUGGAGUCCCUUUCCUCAUCCGCUGUCACAGUGCCCUGGAGGGAAACCCUUGCAGGGUCCAGUCCUGGUUGGAGUCCCUCCUUGUGAGUACCAUCAGGUCGUGUGCAAGCCAAGCCCUGUCUCACACCCGGUGGCUGAUGCAGCGGUGCGGCCGGACACGGCCGAGACGUGCAGGUGGGCUGACCCGGAGAACGUGACACGCAUCACAAUGGCCCCUUCUAGAACCGGCUCGUCGCCGUGCGGCUCUUGGAGACGCACACAGCAGGUCAACUGCUCCCGACCCGACACUGGUUGUUGUCAGGUCACACCCGUGUCCUUGCGAUCACCCUGACCGCAAGGCUACAGAAAACUGGAGAGCUUGUUAUCCCAGGAUACAACCAUGGGAUCCUUUGGAGACACAGGAAGGUAAAUCAAAUAGAGAUGUCAAUUCUCACUGUUAUACGCUCUUUUUGCCUCGCCGAAUUUGAGAGAUUCAGGUGUUACUUGAAGAAUGCAGUGCUCAGCAGAUCUUCACAAUGUGUGGUAAGGAAAUGAGUAGUGCGUGUGAUCAAACACUCCUGUCGCUGUUGACAGCAGCACGUGAUGUUAAAUGUGAUAAUGCCAUCUCCGUGUAACGACUCUGUUUUCAUGGCGAGGGGAAGGGCAGGGAGCUGCACUGGAAAGAAGAUGGCCCAGCCAGGUGUCUGUGCAUAGCGGUGGAGUGAGCUCUGGGGCAGGGCCAGAA